AUGACUAUUGAUAUAUUGAUGUUUAUGUUACAGUAUUUCAAAUGGUUGCCGAAGCUUGCUACAUUGGCGGUUUCAACUAAAUUGGAUGAAAGUCUUCUUGCGGAAAAGAUUUGCAUGAAUGCAAUAAGUACAUUCGAUUCUACUCGCCAACGUUUUGGAACGAAUAUUUAUGAACUUUAUCGGUCAGAUAAUGCCCAACUUGUGGAUAUUGUAUUUAUUCAUGGCCUUAAAGGAAGUGUUUUUCGUACAUGGCGGGAAAAAAAUUUCAUUGAUGAAACAGAACAAACGUUGUGUUGGCCAAGAGAUUGGCUGCCCAAAGAUAUUAAUGCACCAUGCCGUAUUUUGGCUAUUGAUUAUACUACUUCAUUAGUGCAUUUUGCUGGUGUAACUGAAACCUUGGCUGUGCGGUCCCAAAGAAUCUCCAAGCAGUUACGAUCUGCAGGUGUUGGCGAUCGCCCUCUAAUGUUUAUUUGUCAUAGUAUGGCUACUCCUCACCGAGGUAGCCCAGUAGCAAAUUAUGCAUCCUUUGCUUUGCGUCCUACAAACGAUCUUCGUAUUCUUCAUCACCAGAACGAGAUUAACAAAGAUUUGCAUAGAGAUUUCCUGAAUAUUGCUGAAGAAAUUCCGGUGAUUUGUUCUGUGGCUGAGCUGGAGAAAGUUCCUCUUCCUUUUCGACAAAAAGAAUUUCUUGUACCAGUUGAAAGUGCUUAUUUUGAAUAUGGUCCUAUUUACCACAUUAAAGAUGUAAGCAAUCAAUUUUAA